UGUGCCUUGAAUUUCUCCAGAAACAAGGCUUCAAUUCAAGUUUCCAUUUUUUUCACAUCUUUUCCCCCCACUUUUCUCUCCAGGGUCUUAUAUAUAUAAUAUAUAAAUAACUUCAAAUACUUACUUCUUCAUAAAAUCAUACUUACUUUUGUAGUUUUCGUUUUCUUUCUCUCUCUCUUUUUUGCUUUUUAAUUUUAAUCCUCUACUGGGUCGCCUCGUAUGUCCCGAGUCGACCCGGUAUCGACUCGUUCUUUUAUUGUUCUUAAAUAUAUAUAUAUCAAUGGAUUCAAUUGAUCCUACCAGAAUUUUCAUUAAAACAGUGAAGCGUCUAGUCGUUAAGGUUGGAACGGCUGUGGUUACUCGUGGAGAUGGAAGGCUGGCAUUGGGAAGACUUGGAGCUCUGUGUGAGCAGCUGAAGGAGUUGAACUCUCGAGGGUAUGAAGUUAUUUUGGUAACAUCAGGUGCUGUGGGCCUUGGUCGUCAAAGGCUCAGAUACAGAAAAUUGGCCAAUAGCAGCUUUGCUGAUCUUCAGAAUCCACAAGGUGAUUUUGAUGGAAAGGCAUGUGCAGCUGUUGGGCAGAGUAGCCUCAUGGCUCUUUAUGAUACCAUGUUUAGCCAGCUUGAUGUGACCUCUUCCCAACUUCUAGUGACAGAUUCAGUUUUUAGUGAUACUGGCUUUAGACAACAGCUUUCUGAAACAGUCAACUCAUUGUUAGAUCUUAGGGUCAUUCCCAUUUUUAAUGAAAAUGAUGCAGUUAGUACUAGGAAAACUCCAUAUGAGGAUUCUUCUGGUAUCUUCUGGGACAAUGACAGUUUGGCAGGUCUAUUAGCUUUAGAACUCAAAGCUGAUCUUCUGGUGUUACUUAGUGAUGUUGAAGGCUUGUAUAGUGGCCCUCCAAGUGACCCAAAUUCAAAGCUAAUCCAGACUUUUGUUAAAGAGAAACAUUUAGGGAAAAUAACAUUUGGGGACAAAUCAAGAGUUGGAAGAGGUGGUAUGACUGCUAAAGUAAAUGCUGCUGUUUAUGCUUCUUGUGCUGGCAUUCCUGUUGUCAUUACCAGUGGUUUUGCCACUGAUAACAUAAUAAAAGUACUCCAAGGUGAGAUGAAAGGAACUCUCUUUCACAAAGAUGCCCAUUUGUGGACUUUAGUUAAAGAGGUUUCUGCAAGAGAGAUGGCGGUUUCAGCACGAGAAAGUUCAAGGCAGCUUCAGGCCCUCAAAUCUGAAGAUAGGAAAAAGAUAUUGCUGGAUGUAGCUGAUGCCCUUGAAGAUAAUGAAAAUAUGAUUAUGGCUGAGAAUAAUGCUGACAUUAAAGCUGCAGAGGAGGCUGGAUAUGAGAAACCUCUGAUAUCUCGUUUGGCUCUAAAGCCUGGAAAAAUUAAGCUUCUUGCAAACUCUAUUCGUAAACUUGCAGACAUGGAAGAACCAAUUGGUCGCAUUUUAAAAAGAAGCGAACUUGCGAGCGAUCUUGUUUUAGAAAAUGUUUCAUGCUCUUUGGGUGUCCUCCUCAUUGUUUUCGAGUCUCGGCCCGAUGCUCUAGUUCAGAUAGCAGCAUUGGCAAUACGAAGUGGAAAUGGUCUACUUCUUAAAGGAGGCAAAGAAGCCAGACGAUCAAAUGCAGCUCUGCAUAAGGUCAUCACUUCUGCCAUCCCCGAUACCGUUGGCGAAAAACUUAUUGGACUUGUAACAUCAAGAGAAGAGAUUCCUGAUCUGCUCAAGCUUGAUGAUGUGAUAGACCUUGUGAUUCCAAGAGGAAGUAACAAACUUGUGUCUCAGAUUAAAGAAUCCACAAAGAUUCCUGUUCUUGGCCAUUCUGAUGGGAUCUGUCAUGUUUAUGUUGACAAAUCGGCUGAUAUGGAGAUGGCGAAGCGGAUAGUGUCCGAUUCGAAAGUAGAUUAUCCAGCAGCCUGCAAUGCAAUGGAAACACUUUUGGUGCAUAAGGAUUUGGCAAGUAAUGGAGGACUUAUUAAACUCGUUACCGAACUGCGGAAGGAAGGUGUGACUCUAUAUGGAGGAAAACGAGCUAGUGAAUUGCUUAAGAUCAAAGAGGCAAGUUCAUUCCACCAUGAGUAUAAUUCACUGACCUGCACCGUUGAAAUUGUGGAUGAUGUUUUUGCUGCCAUUGACCAUAUACAUCAACAUGGAAGCUCACAUACCGACUGUAUCAUCACUGAAGAUCAGGAAGUUGCAGAAAUUUUCUUGAAUCAAGUCGACAGUGCUGCUGUAUUCCACAAUGCCAGUACACGAUUCUGCGAUGGAGCUCGGUUUGGACUUGGUGCAGAGGUGGGAAUAAGUACUAGUAGGAUUCAUGCUCGAGGCCCAGUAGGAGUUGAAGGACUGUUGACAACAAGAUGGAUUUUAAGGGGAAGUGGGCAAAUAGUGAACGGUGAUAAAGGAGUGGCCUACAUCCACAAGGAUCUGACCCUGAAAAAUUGAUGGAGCCACAAUGCUCUUAAAGAUUUACUUCUUUUACCAGCCAUGUUAUCUUAUUUUCCAGUAGCUUGCCAACAUUUAUUUUUGUCAGUCAUUUGCUUUUAAUAAGUUUUAUUCCAAUCUAGAGAAUUAAGCUAAGAUUUCAACAUUAGAGAGUCCAUGUCACAAGCUCUUUUGCUUUACUAAAUGUUUAUGUACUAAACAUGAUCAAAUAAUAAAAAUUUCAGUGUUGGAGGAUA